UAUAAAUUAUAUUUUAGGCAGUUGUUGGAUCAUUACCUGUUCAAGAAGUAUUGCUGCCAGAUUCAAAGAACUUGACAAUUCGCCUAUGUGAUGAUGUUACAAGGUACUAGGGUACAGCUGGAGCAAUUCAAGCCAGAAGAUUCUGAACUUUUGGCUGCUACUUCUGAUAUAAUAGGUGUUAUUGUGACUCUUAAAGGAUUGGGCAAAGAUGAUUGUUUGGACGCUAAUGGGAAAAGUUAUGACUUUAUGUGUCGUUAUUUUGCACCAUGGCUCGGUGUAUCAGAAGAUCCAGUUACUGGAUCUGCUUAUUGUGUACUUGGUCCAUAUUGGGCUAAAGUUUUACAAAAGAAUGUAUUAUAUGCUCGACAGUGCUCUACCCGAGGUGGUGAUCUGCUCGUUGAAGUAGUAAAUGGUAGAACCCUAAUUAGUGGCGAUGUAGUUAUAGUUAUUGAAGGUCAAAUAAAUUUUUAAUGUGAUUAUUUUUGUUGCAAUCAUUUGAAUGCUGAAUAAUUAAAUUUUUUUGUCAUGUGUGUUUCAAGCAAUUGUUGAAAGAUAAUUAUUUUUAAAAUCCUUUUCAAUUGUAAAGUUGAAUGAAAUUUCUAGUCCUGUAAUUUAUAUAUUGUAAUUUUAUAUAAAUAAGUCUUGGUUCAUAAAUUCUUUAUUUUGUUAUACUUUUAUAUUGUUCAUAUAAUACCUGUGCAAUAAGGAAUAAUAAAUGAAUAUUUUAUGCAUCAUU